AAUGACUGUCAUGAAACUUCAAAGGAAGAAGAAUUUACCUUUACCGCAGACAUAUACGUAGACACGCCAUGGACUGGCGCUGCCAUAGUGGCCAGAAGCCGGUUUAGAAGUGCGGCGAGACACCAGGAGGCAGAAGCCUCUGAAACAAAGUCUGACAAAGAGUUCAGCUUUUAUCCUCCUAUGCCUGGCCAAGACAGCGCACUGAGCUGGGGCGGAAAGAAGUUUGACGAAUUACCAAUAGUUCACAUUAAUGCCACAUACAACAGCACACACAUCCAGCUCACAGACAGCACAGGACAGUCCAUGGUCAGGACAUCCUGUGGCACCAAGGGCUUCAAGAACAUUAAGAAGUCCACACCCAUCGCUUCUCAGACUGCAGGAAUCUCCGCUGCUGCUAAAGCCACGGCCAAGGGAGUCACAUUUGUUCGGGUGGUGGUCAAAGGUCUGGGUCCUGGACGUCUGUCUGCCAUCAAAGGCCUGGCCAUGGGAGGCCUGGAGGUGGUAUCCAUCACCGACAACACCCCUGUGCCACACAAUGGCUGCCGUCCACGUAAAGCCAGUAGGAUGUGAUGUCUGGGCCAAUGUGUCACAUGCAUGCAUUGUGUAACUCUCUGGCUCUGAGCUGAACUACAUGAGGCAGUUUUGGGAUGUAAUUGUAGUUCAUGAGACGCCCUCUGCUACUGUCCACCUUCCAUGUCCCUGCAGCUCCUCC